UAUCCUUCGUUUCUUCAUAAGUAACCAGAACCUUUGCACAUUCAGCUCACGCGUUCAAGCGUAGUAAACUCUUGGAUCCCUUCCUUCAAACAGGAUGUUUACUACAGCUCUGGUUUACGCACGCUAUAGCUAACAAUCAGCAGCUCGUCGUCCAUAUACCGUCCACAACAUCCACAUCUUACCUUCCCUGUUUGGAAACUGCAGCUCUUUGAUGUACUUGUACGGCCUGUGGCAAGCACUUCUAAUAUCUGUGGACAAGUGAUACAAGCGCUUUAUAUUCCGUGUUGGCGGUAUUUCUCUUCGUUCUGCCUCCUUCCAUCUUCCCAUCUACUUACAUCAUGAAUGCCGACAUCCCUGCACUCGAUUGUCGAGAAGUCGUUGAAGAUCUGGCUGAUCGUCUGGGCUCUCUGAGCCUUUUUCUGGGCGGUAUCAAUGACAUCAUGAAGUUCAGUAGCUUGGAAGACCAUGAAUUACAGCGUUACUGUCGAAAGAUUAUCGCUCUCACUGAGGGCGCGCGCAUGACUCUGAGACGUGAGGGAGUGGCCUUGUACCUUUUCGUUCUUUGUCCAGAGGAACUUUUGCCGUAUAAGUCAGCGUAUUUCAAACUACUUGUUUGGAUUAGACGUCGCAGGCCGGCGUUUCCUGCUGACAUAGCGGAUCGAAUUGCUUCACUCUUGUUUGUUCUAGAGAGUAAUUUCGUCAUACGGUGCGGGGGAGUCGACACUCGCGCCCAACUGGGCAUUGAGGAGUUGCUAGUGCCUAAGAACCCACUAGCCGCUUGUAAAAGCACCGCCCAGAUUGCAGCGCAUACUACUGCUGUCCCGUCGACAGGGAAAUCAUACGCAACAUCGCACGUUAUGUUACCACCGGAUGCUUGGGCGAAAAAACAGUACAGAAUCCACCAGCUUGCAAAAUAUGUGAAGUCAGAAGCUGCGAAUACGUACUAUCCACCAGCAACUCAUCAAUACCUGCCGAGCGACAACUGGGCGCCCCCUCGCCCUCGCAGGCCAUUUGUUCGAACAAAAGCCCAACGUUUUGACGUUGGCAGCAAGAAUCCAAUCAUCAUUUGAUGAUCUUCUCAAUCUCCAGGCUUUUUCCCUGGACUAAUUGCUUCGCAUUGUACUUCAUCAUAACCAAAGCAUCAUCCCCCUUUCGUUACAUGACUGUUCUUCCAAGUUUGAAUUUUGUAAUUAUAUAUCCACUGCCUAUUAUCUACGGACAAUCCUUCUUCCCCGGCUGCCAUGCUACUAGUCCUUAAAGCCUAGAGUCCUUUACCUCAUCCCGCCUGUAGAUUCGCAAUAUCAUCCAUCUAUCCCCUUUCGUUUGUAACUAGAUCUCGGCUGGAG